UUCUUCCUCAACUCCCUAAUUUCAUCCAUCUAAUUCCAAACACCCCAUUUUGUUUGGGUCAUCAAUUCAUCUUAUAAAUUCAUCUUAUAAAUUCAUCAUCUUAUGUACGAGUAGUAGAUAUCAUACAUCCCUCAGCUAUACUCAUCAUUACAUUAUAAUUCGGCCUUUCGCAACGUUCAACCAGCCUCCAACUCAUUACUUCAUACAUUACACUCUCCUUUUUUCCUUGUAAAUUUUGUUCCUUUUUUUAAAAAAAUUGCUUCUUUUAAAUUAUACUUGGUAUUUAUUAAUUAAUUAGGUAGUGUUUUUCUUUUCUUUCUUUUUGCGUGUUAGAUAGAAAUGGUUCGUUUUUAUGUAUUUGUUACGUGUGAACAACUGACUGGCUAGUUUUGAUCAUACUAGUAUUGCAAAAACCGUAAGGCAAAUAACCAAGGAGGAAAUUAGGGUUGAGCAAAAUUAGUGUGAUUGAUCAAUGCACAAUGCAAAGUUGCAUUGUUAUAAAGUAGAAACACACACAUUAUUUACGAAGUUUUCACCAGCUUUAUUAAAUGACCUUAAAAAGUUAGCUUGAAUUCACCACUUAUUUAUUACCAACUGACCUCAUCAACUUUAUCUUUAACGUAUAUGUUGUAAAGAAAGUAAUAAAACAACGAAAACAAAAUUGACCUAUCAUGGUUAAUAUUUGAAUCAUAUAUAUAAGCUAUGACCACCAAGAGAUUCUCAGUACAAGUAGGUAGUGGAAGAGAUGGACAAGACGGCCGCCCCGCCGUCGGUCCAAUUUAUCGGAAUCUUCUCGCCAAGAAUGAAUUCCCACCACCUCUUCCUGAUGUUUCUACUGCUUGGGAUUCCUUCAGGCUAUCAGCUGAAAAGUAUGCAGGAAAUAAUAUGUUGGGUUGGCGUGAAAUGGUCAGUGGCAAGUGGGGGCCUUAUGUCUGGAAAACUUACAAGGAAGUUUAUGAAGAAGUUCUAAACAUUGGUUCAGCAUUACGGGCAUGUGGGGCUCAACCUGGUGCAAAGGUCGGAAUAUAUGGUGUUAAUUGUCCUCAAUGGAUUAUGGCAAUGGAGGCUUGUAACGCUCACAGUUUGAUAUGUGUGCCUCUCUAUGAUACCUUAGGUCCUGGUGCUAUAAAUUACAUAAUUGAUCAUGCUGAGAUUGAUUAUGUUUUCGUCCAUUCCCUUAAGGUUAACGAACUACUUAACCCUGAUUGUUCUUCCACUACUAGGCUGAAAUCCAUUGUUUGUUUUACAUCGUUCACUGAGGAAGAAAAUCUCAAGGCUCGUAAUGCAGGAAUUGAGGCGUACUCUUGGAAUCAGUAUCUCCAAAUGGGCAAGGAGAAUCCAUCAGAGACUGUUCCGCCACAACCAAUCAAUAUUUGUACGAUUAUGUACACCAGCGGCACCAGUGGAGAUCCUAAAGGUGUUGUUCUAACACAUGACAACAUGGCUAUGUUUUUAAGCGGGUUGGAUCUUUUCUUGGAACAAUUUGAUGACAAGAUGACAGUAAAUGAUGUGUAUCUUUCCUUCCUUCCCCUGGCUCACAUAUUAGAUCGCGUGAUAGAAGAAUAUUUUUUUCAUAAGGGUGCUUCUGUUGGCUUCUUUCACGGGAAUGUAAAAGAAAUCAGUGACGACCUCAUGGAGUUAAAGCCAACUUUUUUUGCUGGUGUACCUAGAGUUUUUGACCGUGUGUAUGAAGGCAUACAGAAGGCAAUUGAAGAUCUUAUUCCGAGGAGGAGGAAGAUUUUUCACCUUCUUUACAAAUACAAAUUAUUCUGGAUGAAUCGAGGAUACAAGCACAAGCAUGCAUCUCCUUUAGCAGAUUUACUAGCUUUCAGAAAGGUGAAGAACAAGCUAGGUGGUAGGGUUCGGCUUAUGGUAUGUGGAGCUGCACCUUGGAGCGAAGAAGUGGAGGAGUUUUUGCGGGUUACUUGCUGUUGUUUUGUACUUCAAGGCUAUGGAUUGACAGAAACCUGUGGAUUGUCCACAGUUUGCUACCCUGAUGAAAUGUCGAUGCUAGGAGCUGUCGGUGCUCCAUCUGUAUACACAGAAAUGCGCCUUGAAGAGGUUCCGGAGAUGGGGUACCACCCACUGGCUGAUCCCCCACGCGGGGAGAUAUGCUUGAGGGGAAAAACACUGUUUUCUGAAUACUACAAAAACCCUGAGUUAACUACAGAGUCUAUCAGAGAUGGGUGGUUUCAUUCAGGUGACAUUGGUGAGAUGCUUCCUAAUGGAACAAUAAAGAUCAUUGAUAGAAAGAAGAAUCUGAUAAAACUCUCACAAGGAGAGUAUGUCGCGCUUGAGUACUUGGAGAAAGUAUACAGCAUUACUCCCAUUGUUGAAGAUAUUUGGGUCUAUGGAGAUAGCUUUAAGUCGAUGUUGGUUGCUGUUGUGGUGCCAAAUGAAGAUAAUACGAAGAAAUGGGCAGCUCAAAAUGGAUGUAAAGGCACAUUCACUGACUUCUGCUCCCUUAAGGAGUUCAGAAAUUAUGUCCUCUCUGAGCUUACAGUUGCUGCGGAAAGAAACAAGCUUAGAGGUUUCGAGCAUGUCAAGGGAGUUGUUAUAGAACCUCAGACCUUUGAAUUAAUACCAAGCUUAAUGACACCAACUAUGAAGAAGAGAAGGGAUAAAAUGUUAAAACACUAUCAGGCCGAAAUUGAUGACUUGUACAACACUUUGGCUAAAGGGAAGUGCUGAACGACAAAUGCAAAUUCGAUAUAAUGUUUUCGUGUGCAGCUGUUUAAGAAGAAUAAACAGUGAAGAAGGCUAGGAGCAUUUUCUAACUUUCUGUAUAAAGUUUGUAUUUGAGGCCAGAGUUUGAAGAAAAUGGAAAGUCACUGAGUUUUAUCAUCAAUUAGAUUGAUUUCUUUGUUUUGUAACGUUUCAUGAUGCUGCAUAAUGUUACUGCUUGUACUUCAA